UAUUUAUUUUACUCUAUCAAAAGAUUAAAUAGAUUUCAAUAAUUUAUCAUCCCUAAAAAUUAAUUUUGUAGUAAAAUUCAAAAUUUUAAUUUACGAAAAAAGCAAAUUUUAAAUUAAUUCUUUAUUUUUUUCUAAGAUUUUGUUUGUUUGGCAAAUCUAUAUUUUCUGAAUAAUUAAUAAGUUUUAAAGAAAUAUAAGAGUAAGCUAAACAUGAGAAUUUAAUUUCUUUUGAUAUUUUUAUCUACAACUUCUUAAAUAAUGGCCCUUGCUGGAAAGAACGUUUCUUGUACCCAAGGAACUAAUUAAUGUUCAGUUUAAAACUGUUCUACAGUACCUAAUUCUUGUAGUUGGUCUCUUCCAUAAGGUUAAACCGCUCCUACAUGUUCAAUAACAGAUUGUUCUUGUUUUACUAGUGGAUCAGCGGCAGGGCUAACAGAUUUAGUAUGCCAAUCUUGUGGUUAAAAUAGUGCAGUUUUUACUAAUAUUGCAGGUAGUUCAUGUGUUGCUUCUACUGCUUCAUGCUAAAAUAGAGGAUAGACUACUUGGAUUACAAGUGAUUGUAAAUUAUGUUAUACUACUAGUUAUGCUGCAGCUAAUAAUUAAUGUAUAAAUUGCUCGAGUCUUUCUACAUUUAAUGACGUAAAUUGCUAAGCCUGCUUAAACUAAUAUGCUAAUUCGCAAGCAAAUGCUUGUGUUGCUUCUACUGCUUCAUGCUAAAAUAGAGGAUAAACUGCUUGGAGUACAAGUGAUUGUAGAUUAUGUUAUCCUACUAAUUAUGCUGCAGUUAAUAAUUAAUGUGUUAAUUGUUAGGCAACAAAUUCCCUUACUGAUGCAAUUUGUAAUGCAUGUAAUAACGGAGCAGGAAAUAUAUAUGCUAAUAUUAAUGGUACUCAGUGUGUAAGUGUUUAAUGCUAAUCUAGAGGUUAACUAGCUUGGAAUUCGAAUGAUUGUGCGACAUGUUACGGUAAUACAUAUGCUUAUGAUGGAAAAUAAUCCUGUAUUAACUGCUCUUCUUUCUAAUAAUUAACGGAUACAACUUGCUAGGCAUGUGCAAGCUUAAACUAAAAUAAAUUAUAUGCAAAUGCGUCCGGAACAGCUUGUGUUGCUUCUUAAAAUUCAUGUAAUUCAAGAGAUUAGAGUAAACCUUGGACGAAAGAUGAUUGUUAGACUUGUUUUGGAAAUAAUUAUAUUUUGAAUUCUAAUUCAUGUUAGAAUUGCUUAGUUAAUACUUAACUCUCUGAUACAAUAUGCUCUUUGUGUGCAACUAACUAUGGAAAUAAAAAUUUAUACGCAAAUUUAGCUGGUACUUCAUGCGUUGCAGCUUCUGCUUCAUGCAAUUCUUCAAGUAGAGGCUAAGUUUCUUGGUCUACAGCUGAUUGUGCACUUUGCAAUCCGAAUGCACCAGUAGUUGGUAGUGCUGGUACUUGUGUUGCAGGCAUUUAAACUUCAACAACUUUUUCAAAUAUUUUAAUCUAUUCAAUUACCAUCAUCAUAGUGGUAUUAUUUAUUUGA